GUGGUGCACCGUGCACCACUUGUCACACUCUUUCAUGUUAGAAGUUGCCACUAAAUUAAACUAAACCCGAUUCAUCUUCUCAUUAAUUAAUUAAGGAUUAGGGUUUGGGUUUUCUUCUUCUUCUUCUUCCUCAAAUCACUUCAUUCUCUUCCUUUUUCCUCAUCCAAUCCAUAUUCAAUCACCACCGCAAAACCUCUUCUCACUUCCUCUGUUGUUGUUGUUGUUGUUCUUCUUCUUCAAAGGCAUAAUCAAUCAAUCAAUCAAUCAAUCAAUCAAUCAAUCAAUCGAAUUCCAUUUCUUCAUUUUCGCACGCAAACUGUUUGUUUAAUGGACCUCUCUCACCAUCAAUCCAAUUUAUCUCUCACCUUUUCAUCUUCUCACUCUUCUCCGCCUCGCCGUCCUCCGAUUCCCGACGACUCCAUUUCUCUACAUCUUGAAUCCAGUUUCCGUGAUCCAUCGCACCCUGUCCCUACGGUUCCUCUUCAGCUCAUGGAACCUCAAACGGAUGCUGAAUCGAACAACAAUAACAACAACAACAACAACGAUGAUGAUGAUGAUAGAGAAGUUGAAGAAUUUCGCAUUUUAGGUCAUUCAAUGUGUCUCAAAAGACGAAGGGAUUGCGAAUCCUCUACAAUUACGACGACCAAGAGAGCAGCUUCCCUCGAACCCAAUCUCGAGGCUCGAAAGGCUGCAGUUCGAUCGUGGGGGGAUCAACCAUUGCAGGUAGCUGAUCCUGAUAUCUACGAGAUAAUAGAAAAGGAGAAAAAUCGUCAAUUCAAAGGGAUUGAAUUGAUAGCUUCUGAGAAUUUUGUGUGUAGGGCUGUCAUGGAAGCUCUUGGAAGCCAUUUGACCAAUAAAUACUCUGAGGGAAUGCCUGGUGCACGUUACUAUGGAGGAAAUCAAUACAUAGAUGAAAUUGAAAUGCUUUGUUGCGACCGUGCAUUAGCAGCGUUCAAUCUUGAUCCUAAGUGUUGGGGUGUGAAUGUUCAGCCAUAUUCGUGUACCUCUGCUAAUUUUGCUGUGUAUACAGGAUUGUUGUCGCCGGGGGAUAGAAUCAUGGGGUUGGAUACUCCUUCUGGAGGGAAUACUAGUCAUGGUUACUAUACUCCCAACGGGAAGAAAAUUUCGGGGGCAUCUAUAUUCUUUGAGAGUUUACCUUACAAGAUUAACCCUCAGUCAGGUUUUAUUGAUUAUGAUAAGCUUGAGGAAAGAGCACUCGAUUUUCGUCCUAAGAUACUUAUUUGCGGGGGAAGCUCUUAUCCUAGAGAGUGGGAUUAUGCUAGGUUUAGACACAUUGCAGAUAAAUGCGGAGCUGUGUUAUUGUGCGACAUGGCCCAGAUUAGUGGGAUAAUUGCAGCUAAGGAGUGUGUGAACCCGUUUGAUUAUUGUGAUGUUGUAACUUCGACAACUCACAAGAGUCUUCGAGGUCCAAGGGGAGGUAUAAUUUUUUAUAGGAAGGGAACAAAACCAAGGAAGAGAGGGAUACUUCUAAGUCAGGGACAUGAAAGUGAUCAAUAUGACUUUGAAGAAAAGAUAAAUUUUGCUGUUUUUCCAUCAUUGCAAGGUGGGCCUCACAAUAACCAUAUUGCUGCACUUGCUAUUGCCUUAAAACAAGUGGCCACUCCUGAGUAUAAGGCAUACAUGCAGCAGGUGAAGAAGAAUGCUCAAGUUUUAGCAUCUGCUUUAUUGAGAAGAAAAUGCCGCCUGGUAACUGGGGGUACAGACAACCAUUUAAUACUUUGGGAUUUAAGGCCCCUAGGAUUGACAGGUAAAUUUUAUGAGACGGUUUGUGAGGCAUGCCAUAUUACUUUGAAUAAAAUUGCUAUUUUUGGUGACAAUGGAACUAUAAUUCCUGGAGGAGUAAGGAUAGGUACCCCUGCCAUGACUUCAAGAGGGUGUUUGGAGACCGAUUUUGAGACAAUGGCUGAUUUUCUCUUUAGAGCUGCACAAAUUGCAAACAUGCUGCAGAGGGAGCAUGGGAAGUUGCAGAAGACUAUUUCCAAGGUACUUGAGAGCAAUAGGGACAUUCUUGAGCUCCGGGCACGGGUUGAAGCUUUUGCAACUCAGUUUGCAUUGCCGGGUUUUGACAUUUGAACAUAAUGCAUAUGGUGUGCAAUGUGGUAUAAAACAACAGUACAUAAUUGAGUGUCGCCAUUGAGGUUUUUUGGUAAUCAAGCAACCUGUUCCUGCCUUGAUGGACCGUUCCUGCUGAACGCAGCAAGUUGGCCAUUACAGGGGUUGGAACAGAGAUUCUUGACCAACCAACCUGAGUACAAAAUUCUUAUGAGGAAUCUGCAGAAAAUAAUUAAUCUGAUAAAGGUUAGUCACCUUAAAUUCUUUUACCUUCUGUUUCAUGAUGAAAGCAAUGGUAAUCCUGUUUUUACUUGCCACAUAUUACCCGUUUUUUUAUAUGAUAGUUGUACUCCUUUUCAGCAACAAUACAGUGCCGAGUUAAUUGUUAAAUAUACAGGUUAAUGUGUUGAAUAAGUGAUUACUUUGUAUCCUUGUAUAAAUACAAUAUCAAUUAUCAUUUAUUUUCUUAAGAAAGCUUGAUGAUUCUUUUAUA